AUGAAUGGCACCAUUAUCCCGGCCAUGGCGCCGCCGCCUGGCGUGACGUCGAAUUUUGUGGAUCCCCCACAUUGCGGGACGAAGUUCAUUGUGGUAAAUUGUGUCUUUCUUCCGUUGGCGGUGUUGGCGCUGGCGGUGCGGACGUGGACGCGGUUGUUUGUGGUGCGCAGCAUGUCGUGGGAUGAUUACUUAAUGAUCUUGGCAGUGGUCUUGUCGGCGGUUCUCUCUGGUGUGACGCUGGACAUGCUCAACUACGGCCUGGGCAGGCACAUGUGGGAUGUCCCAUUGGAAGAUUUCACGCCCCCAUUUAUGAAGUAUAAUGUCGUUGCGGCCAUCGUCUACUGCGUCGGCACCGGCUGCACCAAGGUGUCCGUCCUUGUCUUCUACCUGCGCAUCUUCCCCAGCCGGGGGUUCCACUUGGCCGUGUGGACGAUCGUGUUCAUCGCAGUGGGCUACAACGUGGCUAGCGUGCUGGCCAACAUAUUUAGCUGCACCCCGAUCGAAGGGGCCUGGGAUUUGGAUGUCAAGGCGACGUGCAUGAACCGGCCGGUGUUUUAUUUCGCCAACGCGGGCCUGGGUAUUUUCACGGACUUCGCGACAGUGUUGGUUCCGAUACCGUGGUUACGCCGACUGCAGAUGCCUCUGCGACAGAAGAUCGCCAUUGGGUUCAUGUUGGCGAUGGGCUGCUUUGUUGGUAUCGUGAGUUGUAUUCGUCUGGCGAGUUUGUAUGUCCUGCUCAAGAGCACGGACCUGACCUGGGCCACGACAAAUGCUCUGCUGUGGUGUACUGUUGAGCUGAACCUCGGCAUCACCGGUGGCUGCAUCACGGCGAUGCGACCAUUUGUACGACGGUACUUCCCCCGGCUGUUGGGCCUGUCUUCCAACGGAUAUGGAUCGAGCUCCCGCAAAUACGGCCAUCCGCUCAAUUCAAUCCCGCGCGAUCAGCCCGACUUUGGCAACCGAAGCCAGUAUUCGACGCGGCUGAAAGGGGGGCCGGGAUCGAGCGUCGAGCGUAUUUUGCCGGCGAGGACUGAGGAGGGGAUCGUCCGGACGGUGGAAUUUAACGUGGAUACGCGUGGCGAGCGAGGAUCGAUAGCAUGA